UGUAACGUCGCGAAAGCUUAACCAAGGGAAAAUACCUAAUGGAGGAUAGCUACCGUCAAGUACACACAGACGAAUAAUUCGUUUAUUUCUCGCGGUUCUUUCAAGCUUAAACAUCAUGGGAGGCAAGAGCAGCAAGAAAAGUCAAGAUAACGAGUACGCACAGUUGUCUUUUGAAGACGAUAACAGUAUCCAGGAGAAACAGAGAAACCCUUUCUCACCACAAAAGAACACUGAGCUAGAGUCCUGUGUUCGUAGAAAAAGCUUUACUGAUGUUUUUGAGCCUGGAAAGGAAGUUCAGGCAAAUUCCGUGAAGGUCUUGAGGACUACAUCGUGUGACAGAAUUUCUGGCACUCAGGAAAUCAGCCUUUCUUUUGACGUUGUUCCUGAACAAGUACAGUUGGCACUCGAGAAAUCACCCGUUCUUUUGCCUUCCCCCCCUAAAAGAGAUGUCUCUGAUGCUGCCACGAAGAUAUUAUAUAAUUAUGCUGAACAAAUCGUCAGCAACGACGAUGUUAUCGUAACCCUUCCCGUCAAAACAGAAGAGAGCGUAGAUGUUUCAAAUUUUGACUCAGUCCGCUCGAUAGAUGCUUACAAAAUUGAUGGAGGCUCUGUUAAAGGCGACAGUCCAAGUAUUGGACAUCAAAGUGUUACCAAAGCUGGAAAUAAUGGACACAGCGAUACAAGAAAUUCUGUUGACAUCGGGGGUGUUAGCAUGACAUGUACUGACAAUAUCGACAGGAGUGGGCAAGUCGUGAGUUCCACAGGGGGCAAUAAGAACGUUGGCAGUACGGAAGCAUGCAAGAAUGGUGAAAAUUGCAAGAGCGGCAUUGAAUUAAAUGAAACAAAUUCUCCUGCUAUGGAUGAAAGUGUAACUAUGAACUUGAAACUCGCUGGUAGCCAUCAUGCCUUCGCGUCUGAUACUUGUGAUAGAAAGAACAUUGGAAAUAUUGAUUUCAGAGAAGUACAAAAGUGCGUUGACAGUUGUCUUGAUAACACUGGAAAUAUUACUGCUGUUAAGAAUAACACUCAUGCCAGCCUCGAAACUAAUGACGAUAGAAAUGAUGGUGAUGCUGUUCCAUUUGCUUUGGUAGAAAGUGUUAGCAUCGGCUCGUUUGCACAUACUCGCGGCCUCGAGAAAGACGAGAGCGGCACUGAAAAUGUUCGUAAUGCCAUUUGUGUCAGUGCUGACAAUGAAAUUACCCCAGUUAUUGACAGGAAUACCAUUGGAGAUAAUGAUAUUGAGGAUGACUUUAUCGUCACUGGCUUAAGUGCUCGUGUCAUUGGACAGGUUUCUAGUAAGGAUGCUAACAGCAGUCCAAAAAGCAGCAGUGAUAGGAAUAGCCACCGUGGGGGAGAAUUUCACUUAAGCGUUGAGAGUGGAACAGAAAGCAUUGCACCUACUGAUGGAAAAUUAAGCUCUGGCAAAUAUAGUUCUAACACUUUUGAAUUUGAUGGUUCCAGUGGUCAUGAAAUUGUUCAUGAAGGAACUAUUUGUGCCAAAUUUAAUGACGUCCAGAGCAGCAGAGCACUAAACGUUAAGGUUGAUCACGAAAAUGUGCGAAACGUUCACCCAGCUCCAGAGAAGUGUGACUGUUAUGGGAGUGGUGAUGUCUGCUAUUCUUUAGAAGAAGGAGUUAAGUAUGCAAAUGAAAUUGGCGAUUCGUAUGCAGACUUCUGCUUUGAAGAUUAUGGAAAACAUACGUCAAGGACUGAUGAAAUACCGGAGGACACAGACGAUGAAGAUACGCAUGCUGACUUCUGUUCUAAAGACUAUACAAAAUGUAACUCGAAAACUGAUGAAACACAGGAGGGAGAAGACGAUAACGACGGAUAUGCUGACCUCUACUUUGAAGACUACGCAAAACAGAACUCGAAGACGGCUAAAACUCAGGAGGAAAAAGAAGAAGACAAAGAAGAGGAGGAAGGAGAUGAAAACGAGGAGGAAUGGUCUUGGUUUAACAGCUGCACACAAGAACGAGACAACUUUGCCGAUGAAAAGCUUCGAGGAGAGGGAUCGGCGGAUGAAAAGGAGGAGAAGAAAGAUAAAGAAGAUCAGCAGCAUGAUAAUGAUGGUAAUGAUGGUGGUAACGAUAAUGAAGAUGAGAUGGAGCACGAGCUGGAAAAGAUAAGAGGGAAAUACUAUGGCUUUGAUGAUUAUGAUUAUAUUAGCGUAAACUAUGUUGUGGAAGAUGAUAUGGAGGAUGAGGAAGAAAAUAAUGAAGGAGAAGAGGCAGAGUACGAGGAGGAAGAAGGAGAGGAAGAAGAGGAAGAAGAGGAAGAGGAGGAAGAAGAAGAAGAAGAGGAAGAACAAGAAGAGGAAGAAGAAGACGACGAGGAGGAAGAAGACGAGGAAGAGGACGAGGAAGUGAAAGAAACCGAUGAAGAAGAAGAAUAUGACGAUGACGAUAGCGAUGAUUAUGAAGAGGUGCAAAAAGAAUUGGAAGAAAAAGGAGAAGAGAAAAAGUAUGUGGAGGAAGAUGACUUCACAAAUUGGUGGUAUGAUGGGGAUGAGGUGUACGACGAUUUAUAUGACUAUGAAUCUGAAUUAGUUUGUGGCCAGGAUAUCAAAGGGUACGAAUCUAACACGUCGCAUUUAAGAAAUUCCAUCAUCUAUUCGAGCCAUCAUGUUGAGAGCAAUGCGCAUUCAUCAGUUUCAUUAACCAAGCCCUCUUGGCAAGUUUAUGAUGAACGAAGUGAGAAUCUGAAGAGAGAACUGUUCAUCGACGCAAGGGCCAGGCAUGAGGAAAGUUUUUCAGAAAGUCAAUUUAUCCCAGGAGACCCUGAUGACGCGUCAUUACCACAUAUGUUGUCAUCUGACUCUGAAGCGUAUCAUACAGACGCGUUUUUGGUCAAAGGAUUAAACACGAGAACAACAAAGGAUGCAUUGUUAAACUUUUUUGAGGUGAUAAGUGGUGGACAAGUCAAAGAAAUCACGUCAUUGAAUGAAGGGACCACUUUGGUUACCAUGGAAUUCCCAAUUAAAGACAUUGCAAAGAUGAAAGAGAAGUGUGGGGGACGAACGUUAGAUGGCAGCAAAAUCACAAUAACGCCAGCCUCUCCUUGCACCAGUGUAAUAGUGAGUGGUUUAUCCCUCGAUGCUUCUCACGAUUUCGUGAAGUUGUAUUUCGAGAGUCCUCGCAGUGGAGGCGGUCCAGUGGAUACAGUUCAUUUUACAGAAAAAAGAGGUCAAGCUGUUGUUGUUUUCAACAACGCAAAAGACAUGGAACGGGUGUUAGCGAGACAGAUAAAACGACCACAUGUUUUGGAUGGACAGGAUCUCAUAGUAACAGUAUUCCAUGGGCUAUUUCCAAAUCUUGACCAGGAAGAUAUAGUGGGACACGUGGAUUCUUCGCCUCCUCGUGACAGAUCUGAACAAUAUAUAGCAACCAAACAACCAAUUCAGACAGCCAAGCAAACGUUAUGUUUGGCUGUUGACCCUGAUGUAAUGGAGUUUAUCCAUAACUCAUUACACUUUAACGAUUUACAAGAUUUACUUGAAAAGAGACGAUGUGAUCUAGAUUGGAAAGCUGGUGGCAAGCAUGCUCUUAUUCAGAGCAAUGGAGACCCUGAGGGCAAUUGUUAUCCUUCCCUAUGCGUUGACGAAGUGCAGGCGUUUUUCGAAAAGUUUGUACAGUGGCAUGUUCCAAUAGAAGAAGAAAUAUGGAACAGUCUAGACUCGGGUUCCUUGGCAAAUGUUUGCGAUUUUAUAGGGGAUGAUCCUCCACUUGUUAAAAUUUCUGAGGGAGACUCUGGUUUCUAUCUGAGGAUGGUUUCUCUCAGAUCAGAUAAAGAGUCCCAUGAAGAAAUAUUUCAAGAAGCACUAUCCCACAUCUACCAGCUAGAGAAAAAACAAAACUAUCGGACGGAAAAUAUACCAAAUGUCCCGAAAGAAAGAAUUCAGCUGCUGAAAAAAACUAACUUCGAAGACAAGCUCGAAGAAGAAUUCGAAGAGUUGAUAGUGAGGAUUGACGACGAAAGCGACGAAAUACUAUUUAAAGGGCCGACGGACGAGGUAACAGAUGCCAUAACAAGAUAUUGUAUGCUUGACGCAGAGGUAACUGACAAGAAAUUACAGUUUCCUCCUUAUAUCUUGCAAGUGCUUAACACUGAUACAGCAUUGCAGGCAAUCAAAGACGAAAUGGCAGAAAAUGAGGCAGACGCUGUGUUUGUCCUCGAGGAGGACGAGUCAACUUCGCGCGUCGUCGCCGCAAAGGUAACUGGAAUUUCAUCGGAACAAGCGGAGAAGGCGUACAAUCUUAUUAAGAGAUUUACAGCAGAAGCCGUUCUUAAAAUCGAAGAUCAAGAUCUUGUAUUAACAACUACGCCUGAAUGGAACCAGGCCUGCGACGAGAUCGAAAAAGAUGGUACAGUUGCAAUUCGUAGAGAUGAAACUGGCAGAACGUGGCUCGGGGGUCUCUCAAGAGAUGUUGAGUUUUCCGUCAAAAAGUUGCAGUUGUUCAUCAAAAAGAGAGCCGUGAAAAUAUCAAGAAAGAACUUCUUAUGCCCCUCAAAGCAAAUCAAGAGAUAUUUAAGAGAGCAUUGCAAAAGCGAUUUCAUUGCCAUACAAACGAAAUAUGACAUCACGAUCCUUGACGGACAAGAUGGUGAUAAGUUUAUCAUUUCGGGGCGAGAUGACGGUUUGAAUCCCGCAAGCCAUAUGCUGGAUCGCCUUAUUGAAGGAUUCGUGACUAAAAAACUUGAACUAAGCCAAGCAGGCCUUGGAAAGUUCUUUUCCGAUGGCAAGGCGGACAAUCUUGUGGAAAAGAUCGAAAAGGACCUGAAAUGUGUAAUUUGUAUCGAAAAAACGAUGGCCAAAAUUAGAACAGAGAGUCUUGCAAGCAAGACAGCACUUUUUGAAUCAGAUUCUACAGAGAGCGAAGAUGACGAAGUGACAGAAGACAACUCUGCUUCGAGCUUGGUUAAACAGAGCAGUGCUUCAUUCUAUGUUACGACCCAGGGACACAGCAUCUCAUGGAGGGCUGGGGAUAUUGUCAAAGAGAAGGCCGAUAUAGUGGUGGCCUCCCAAGGAGCAUGCGCUAGGUCGAUCAGGCGUGCUGCCGGUCCAAGAAUGCGAUUAGUGACACCAAAUCCUGGAGAGAUUGAAGUUUCACCGGGAUUUCAAUUGCCUUGUACUCACGUGAUUCACACGUACUGUGCUGAGUGGAAUGGAGGAAACGGAGAAACGGCAUUAGGAUCCAUUGUUCGAAAAUCACUACGAAAAUCCGAUGAGCUCAGUGCAAACUCCAUUGCUUUCCCUGUGAUUGGAACUGGAAAUUUACUAUUCCCCAAACGCAAAGCUUCCAGGAUUAUGUUGGACGAAGUGGUCAGUUUCUGUGACAACAACCCACAUUCUUCUGUAAAGGACGUUCGCUUCGUUAUCUUUGACCAGGAUCAAAAUCUCAUUACCGCCUUCCAACAGGAGAUGAGCAGUUUGCAAUUACGCCGUGGAAGUGUUGCUAAGUCAGGAAAUACUGUUGAGGCUCAAACAUGGUGGAAGAAGAUUGAGGUCGUUGAGGGUAAUCUUACAGAACAGAGAGUGGAUGCCAUUGUUAACAUCAUUGGAAAAGACAUGGACUUGUCCAGAGCUGGGGCACUUAGUAAAGCAGUAGCAAGAGCUGCUGGAGGGCGCGUGGUACGAGAGUGCAUGGAUCUUGGACCCCAACCAGGUGGAUCGGUUGUGAUGACUAGUGGCGGGAACUUGCCAGUAAGUAAUAUUAUCCACUUGGUACCACGGUCUUCAGAUAAACAGCAUCUCCAAGCCUGCCUUGAAAAGUGUCUCCACCUUGCUCAUUCGAAAGGUCUUCAUUCCAUAGCCAUUCCUGCCAUUGGAACAGGAGCAUAUCACAUGACUGCUUCAGAUUCAGCACUUCUGACCUUUCAAGCUUUGGGAAACGUAGGUGUAGUUUGCUCAAGUUUUUCCCGAAUUAAAAUUGUGAUUUUUGUAAAAGACAUGUUGAAGACCUUUGUUAAAGAGCACAAACGGGUUGUUGAUUCAGCUGAGCAGUCUAGCUUGCCAGCAACGACAACAGCAACAAAAAAAUCAAACCCACUGAGAAGUGUUUUAGCGAAGAAGAAAUCACCUCAACCAGUGUCGUGUACCAGUACUUCAACCUUUCAUAUCUCAGUGACUGCUGCAGAUUAUGAGACUGUGAAAACAGCUUUAGCAGCUUUAAAGGAAGGUUUCUCUGAAGGUUGCACAACACAAGUCAUUCACUAUGAAUCUGUAAGUCAGCUGUCCGAUAGGCAGGUUCAUCGUCUGCUACAAAGCUGCAGAAAACGAGACAUUGAGCUGAAAAUAGAACCUGCUGGAAAUCGAGUUGAAGUUCGUGGAGAAGCCAAUAAUGUUGCUGCAAUUGUCGGUGAAAUCUGGGUCGAGCUAAAUGAAAGAUGCAAAAAAAUGAGAACCCACGAGUACGCAAAAUUGUUGGCUGGUCACGUGGAAUGGAGAUACGUCUUACAUGGUAAGACGAGACGUUUUAGUUCGACUAAAAACGCAAAGAUCGAGGAAGCAUUUAGAAAAAAGUCUCCAAAUGUGACUGUUGGACUUCGUGGAGAUCAGUUUCAACUGCAUUUUAGGGACAGCACAGGAAAAGGCAGCUUAUCAGGAGAGAAGAUAAAAAUCAGCCGCAAGGUUGUGGGGACAAGCGAAGCUGGAGGAAUAUCACUGCCAAAUCACUGGGAGGCUAUGCCAAAGGAGGCAAACGGGAAUGAGAUCACCGUUCAUACAGUAAAACUUCAAUCUCAGUCUUCCGAGUUUCAGAGUGUUGUGCAGAUGUUUACAAAGACUAUGAACUCAGUAACCGUUAAGAGAGUGGAGCGCAUUCAAAAUCCCCUGCUUUACCAGGCGUAUCAGCUGAGGAAACAGAAAAUGGACAAAGACAAUGGAGGCAACAAUGAGCUUCAACUGUUUCAUGGAACGGCCUAUAAUAACGUGAAGAAAAUCAAUUCUCAAGGGUUUAACAGGAACUUCUCAGGGCUGGCGCAUGGAACUCGCUUAGGUAAGGGUGUUUAUUUUGCCAGAGAUGCUUCUUUCUCCCUGCGGUUCACCCCCCCGAGAACUGAUCACAGUCGAUACAUGUACCUUGCGCGUGUCCUGGUUGGAAGGUAUUGUCAAGGAAAUCCACAGUUAGUUGUGCCUCCCUCAAGGGAUCCGUUACGGCCCGAAAUUUUGUACGAUUCUGUUGUAGACAACACACGAAAUCCAGGAUCUUUCGUUGUCUUCGCUGACAGCCAGUGUUACCCCGAAUACCUCAUUAAGUUCUGAUUCAGACUUACUAGUUACUGUAAAUACAAGUAUUGGACAACACCGAACACGUUUUCACUUGCUAUCUUGAGAAGAAGACCCAGUUUUCAGGCUCAGCUUUGCAGGUCUGGUUAAGCUUUACGUGACAAUCCAAUGACACGCGGUGUAAACAAUCGAUAAAAUAUACAGGAUGAGUUUAAAUUAUUAAUAGUAAAUAAAUGGUUCAGUGAGUGAAAUCGACUGGUUUCUGCUGCACUUCAAUUCUCAGUCUACUCCUAACAGGAAAACCGCUCUUUCAUGAGUAAAUUUCUCCCCUGCAGGUUGUGGUGAAUAUGACGAAAAGCCAAUUGAGGCAAAAUUCAUCGUCACCGACCUUAGAGUGUUAGAUAGUUGCGCAAGUUUUUUCGUAUGAAAAGUUAACUAAACGAUAGCAGUCGAUUAGGACUAACUGGGGGUUUACUGUUUUAUAGUAGAUCGAUCAAUUUCAUUCGAUAUCGGGUUGUUGAUAAUUUCCGACGAUCUAUUUGUUAAUACAUAAUUGCUGAAUUGCUAAUAUAUAAAAGAUGGUUGUCAAGGUUUCAUGUGUGUAAGCUGAAUCUACCGAAAGAAGCUGCGAAGUGUUUUCUAGUUUGAUCGACGCUUCCGUGAUUAGUGCUUUUAGAUAGAACAAUAUAGUUAGCGUUCCAGCUCAGAAUAAGACCCCUUGUGAUUAGGACGUUUUUUUUAAGUAGGAGAUAAGUCUAGAACAAA